CGGAGCGUGGCGGUGCUGGGUAAAUAUCAAAGACUGUGUCUGGAUUGCCUUGUAACUAGGUGAACUGAAUAACACUCUUUGGCAAUUCAGAGAUAGUCAAGAGUACCAGGACAAUAAAGAAGAGCAGGAAACAUGGACACCAGGCAAUAUCUGAGAUUGGAGAAGACUCCCAAGAGUGAUGAAACCAAAGAAGGCAAAAAAAACAGGUGCAAAACAGAAAAGGCAAAAAGCUCUGGGCCUAAAAGUAAUCUGGAUGUGAUUAAAAAAAUGGAGGAGCUAGAAAAGAAGGAUGAAGAGGAAGAAAAAUCUGAAGAUGAGAAAGACAAAACAAAAGACAAAGAAGGUGAAGAUAAUGAAGAAGCAGAAGAGGAAUAUGAUGAACAAGAGCAUGAAGAGAUGGAGAUGCCUUUGGUGCUGUCAGUGAUGGCAAUAUGAUUAAAGCAACGCAGUAGCUGUUGUUUCUACCUGUU